CCGCAAGUUAAGGGGAUUGGUCGAAGCAAUCAUGUGCACAGGCUUUACACCCCUCGUGGCCUCAUCCAGCUGACUCUUUAUUUAAGUACCACACUUAGGAGGCCUGCAUUCAUUAACCAACUCCCAUCUAAGUUAACCUGCAAAUUUGAGGAGAAAAGAGUACCAAGAAGAUCGAAGCGAGGAAUGAUGAGUCUAGCAAUAUUCUUCAACAUCUUCACCUUGAUGGCAACGAGCUACAUUUUUCUGGCCGUCGAGGGUUUCUGGCCGUCUGGAUGGACCAAGGCCACCGCAACGUUCUAUGGCGGAAGUGAUGCCUCCGGAACUAUGGGUGGGGCUUGUGGAUAUGGAAAUCUGUAUUCAUCUGGAUAUGGAACAAGGACUGCAGCCCUGAGCACCGCUCUGUUCAACGACGGAGCUGCUUGCGGCCAAUGUUACAAGAUCAUCUGUGAUUACAGGGCAGAUCCCAAAUGGUGCAUCAGGGGCACCUCCGUGAGAAUCACGGCGACCAACUUUUGCCCACCAAAUUUUGCGCUACCUAGCAAUAAUGGUGGUUGGUGCAACCCCCCUCGCCAGCAUUUUGACAUGGCACAACCUGCGUGGGAGAAGAUCGGCAUAUAUCGUGGGGGAAUUGUGCCUGUAAUGUAUCAAAGGGUUCCAUGCAAGAAGCACGGUGGCGUGAGGUUCACUAUCAACGGACGUGAGUACUUUGAGCUUGUCCUCGUAACGAAUGUGGGGGGCAGCGGAUCAGUCCAGUCCAUGGACAUCAAAGGAUCAAGCACUGGCUGGAUGUCGAUGUCGAGAAACUGGGGAGCGAAUUGGCAAUCAAACGCUCAUCUUAACGGUCAAUCUUUAUCGUUCCGCGUCACCACUGGCGACGGAGAAACCCAAGUUUUCCCUGACAUCGUUCCGUCGAAUUGGGGAUUUGGCCAGACAUUCUCGAGCCGUCUGCAGUUCUCUUGAGUUGGUUUCGAGGAAGAUUGUUAAUUUGAGGUUGGCAGAGGUGAGCUAACAUUUUUUUGACUAGAGUUACCCGCCAAUAUAACGAAUUGAAGUCAUCAUCCUUUGAAGAGGAGGAGCGCAAUUGAUUUCCAUCAAGAAAUAAGCUGCACAUGUUGUUAUAUAUGUUUGCGCAACUCUUACGUAUCACAUUAAUUGUAAUUGUAUAUCGAUCUGUUGAAGUGUAAUCAUACUAUGAAGACUUAUAACGAGAUCUUUGUGGGUGUUCUAUCA